AUGUUUGUCAGUGUCGAUUCCCAAAAUUAACAAGCAUCGAUCAGCUCAGCUAUGGCGGUCAAUCAUAAGCUUAUCCAUCGUCUAGCCUCCGAUGAACCCAAAACUCCAGGCUUCCAACAGAACCUCCUCGAUUCGUCGGCAUUCCUCUACUUAAUUCGUGUGUAAUGGCUUGAAACCUCCAUUUUCCAAUCACAUUUGCAGACUUCUUUUUUUCAUAAUUCGAGCUUCAACAUGUCGAAAGAUGAUUCUUCUUCGUCAUCUUCUUCUCUUCGGUUCGCCAGUCUAAACCUUUCGAAGAGCACACAGCACGAAGCGAACGAGAACGACUUCGAAAAUUGUAAAAAUUCCAUCCAUUUUCCGCCUCCGAGAACGCCACUAAACGCUAUUCCAGAUCCUUCGCAGUUUCAAAAGAAAUCUCGAGAAUCUGAAUUUGAGUCCGGAGAGAAGUUUGAAGGAGCCAGAGCUGCUCGAUCGCCAUCUGACAGAAAAAUCGAAGCUUUGGAUAGUUCGUUAUCGGCGAGCAAGGGAAUUGGAAUUGCGGGAACUCCGACAGUUUUCGGUCGAGGGAGAGCUCACUCUGAGUCGACUUCUGCUCAAAGCACUCCUGCGAGGAGCGCAUCAAAAGCUUCGAGUCUUGGAGCUAUGGGUGUUUGGAGUGGGCCUAGACCUCCUCAAAACACGGGAACAAAAGGAGGUAGUUCUUUUAGGGUUUCCAGAGGAAUUUCAAGUGUAACCUCUGAGCCAUCCGUGGAAGUUUCUCAUUUUGAGCUGGUGGAAGAUCCUUCGUUCUGGAUGGAUCACAAUGUGCAGGUGUUGAUACGAAUCAGGCCUAUAAGUACAGUGGAGAGUGCUUUGCGAGGGUACGGUCGAUGUUUGAGACAGGACAGCGCACAGACCUUAGUGUGGCUUGGGCAUCCUGAAACCAGAUUUACGUUCGAUCAUAUAGCAUGUGAAGCAAUAUCACAGGAAAAGCUCUUUCGGGUUGUAGGACUGCCCAUGGUGGAGAAUUGCAUGUCUGGGUAUAAUAGCUGUAUGUUUGCCUAUGGUCAGACGGGUAGUGGCAAGACGCAUACUAUGAUGGGAGAGAUACAAGAGAUGGAGGACAAACUCACAGAGAAUUGUGGGAUAACUCCGCGUAUUUUUGAAUACUUAUUUACAAGGAUUAAAGCUGAAGAGGAAAACCGGAGGGAUGAAAAUCUGAAGUUCAGUUGCAAGUGUUCCUUUCUACAGAUAUACAAUGAACAAAUAACUGAUCUCCUGGAGCCUUCAUCCACUAAUUUGCAACUUAGAGAAGAUUUGAAGAAAGGAGUGUAUGUUGAAAACCUCACUGAAUACAGGGUUGCAACUGUUAAUGAUGUUGUCAAGCUUCUGUUACAGGGUGCUGCAAACAGAAAAAUGGCAGCAACUAAUAUGAACAGCGAGAGCAGCCGGUCCCACAGUGUUUUUACAUGUAUUAUUGAAAGCCAGUGGGAGAAAGAUUCCAUGACUCACUUAAGAUUUGGGAGGUUAAAUUUAGUAGAUCUAGCUGGAUCUGAAAGGCAAAAGAGCUCUGGUGCAGAAGGUGAUCGUUUGAAAGAAGCAGCAAAUAUAAACAAAUCCUUAUCAACACUCAGUCUGGUGAUUAUGUCUCUGGUGGAUUUAGCACAUGGGAGGCACAGGCAUGUCCCCUACAGAGAUUCUAGGCUGACUUUUCUCCUUCAGGACUCUCUGGGUGGAAACUCUAAAACUACAAUUAUUGCAAACGUCAGCCCAUCUACUUGCUCUGCAAACGAAACACUAAGUACCUUGAAGUUUGCCCAGCGUGCCAAACUUAUUCAAAACAAUGCUAAAGUGAAUGAAGAUGCUUCAGGUGAUGUAACAGCAUUGCAGCAGCAAAUUCAACAGUUAAAGGAUCAGUUGUCAUUUUUUAUGAAGCAUCACAACCUUUCGACGUCACAUUGUAUGCCCCAAAUUGAAGAACCUAGAUUGAGUGCUUUUCUGGAAGAAUAUGGUUCUUCAGCAGAAGAAUUAGUGCUUGAUAGCCGUAGCAUAUCAAGUGUUGAAAACGAGAAGAUAAAAUGCAUGGAAGCUAAUUUAGUUGGGGCCUUGAGGAGAGAGAAAAUGGCUGAAGCCACUGUCCGAAAGUUGGAGGCUGAAAUUGCGCACAUAAACUACUUGGCUCAACAAAGGGAAGAAAAUGCUCAAAGGACCAAAAUGAUGUUAAGGUUCCGUGAGGAGAAAAUUAAGAGGCUUGAAUCAUUUGCAGAUGGCUCAAUAUCAGCCGACAAAUAUCUCAUGGAUGAAAAUAAUGCCUUAUUGGAAGAGAUUCAGCUACUGAAAGCAAGGAUUGAUAGAAGUCCAGAACUGAUCCGAUUUGCAUUAGAGAAUAUGAGGCUUCUCCAGCAGUUACAAAUGUUUCAAGAUUUCUAUGAACAAGGAGAACGAGAAACAUUGGUUGCUGAGGUUUCAGAAUUGCGUGACCAGCUUCUGGAGACUCUUGAAGGAAAUCAUGAGCUCCUUAAAUUUCCCUUAACAAAAGAAGAUCAGGAUAAUGCCACUGUAAAGGACUUGGAAGAUUGCAGGAUUAUGAAUUCCCAACUGAUUAGGGAAGUUGAUGAAUUGCGAGCAGAACUGGGAAAAUAUUUGAAGCAUGGUCAAGCUGCAUCUGACUCUGUUACAGAUUCAUUAUCCAAGGAUCAUGAGGAAUGCAAGCAAACAGACAAAUGCUCGUUGGUUCAGACCAUAUCAAUCAGAAGUGGCUGGGGAGAGGAGGCAGAUACUGAGGUUCUAAAAAAUAAAAAUGACCAAGAGAUGGAUGAUCCCUUAGUUUUCCAUCCUAGUGACUCUCAGAAAGAGCUGAUGGAUGCCAGAUUGUUACCUGAAACAAAGGAAUCUAAGCAUACUCACCUAAGUGAAGAGCCGCAAAUUAUGGAGGAAUAUCACAGAAAAAAGGAAAUAUUAGUCAACAGGGGCAUGGGAGAGAGGCAAUCUGUUCUUAGUUUUGUAAGUCACUCUUUAGAAAAAGGUGAUAUGGAACAUGAAAACAUGCGCCUGUUGGAGGGCAGUGAAGACAUUUCCCAAAUGGCUUUGCAAGAGAAAUUGAACAGGAUGAGCGAAGACCUUAAGGAGGCCCAAUUACUUAUUCGCCAUUAUCAAGAGGAUCACGCAGCACAAUUAUCUCACCGGCAACAGGUUGAAUUAGUCAGCGAGCAGGUUGAGCUGGAAACAGCUAAGACAAUUCUUCACUUGCAGGAAGAGGUUGCUGCACUUCAGCUCGAAUUUCACGAAAAAUUACAUUGCAUGGCUCAAGAAAAUAUGAGAUUGAGAAACACUGUAACAUCUAAAGAGGAUGAAAUAAGGGUAUUGUGUGCAGAAUGGGAAAGGGCAACCUUGGAGCUAACAAGCUUCCUUAUUGAUGGUUCCAAAUCCCUCAAAAAAGCUUCGGGUCAGAUAGAAAGUAUUGCCUGUUCAUUUCCUCAAGCAAAUGUUUGGAUUGGUGAACAUGUUGAAAGGGCUGCCAAGGUUUGCAUUGAGAAGGAGAAAACUAUUCUACUUCUACAAAGAAGUCUGGAAGAUGCACAAAAUAUGGUACUGGAAAUGGAACUCAAGUUUAGCUCCUUGAAGGGAGCGACAGUGGCUUUAACUGAAUUUCGGCAGCUAGAAAAUGAUGAAAACACCAAAGAAGCAGUGAAGCUAACUACCCUAUUGAAUGAAAAAAUAAAUAUGAUUAAGUUGUUAGAGAGUCAACUCAAGUUGAAGGAGGAUCGGAUUAUUGGAGCAGAAAGAUGUGCUAAUGCUGCAUUCCUAGUGGUGAAAAAUCUAUCUGAAUGCCAUAUGGCUGCUCUCAGAAACAAUCCUCCAUUGGAAAAACUGAUCAUUUGCUCUGAAAUGGGCAGCCAUCAUAUUUCAGAGCUGAAAGCUGAUCCAAAUUUUCUCUCAAUGGAAGAUAUUGAAGUUCAACUAGAGUUGGCACACUUGGGAGUGUUGGAGUCUGAGAACGCUAUUAGAGUAUCGUGUGCAGAUGCAGAAAUGUAUUUAUUAGCUGUCCAAACUAAAAUUUGUGAAGCUUUGUCUGUACACAGAGAGUUGGUUCAAGAGUUUGCAGAAGACAUUCAUGAGAUGAGGGAUAGUCUCAAGAAACUAAAAGAGAAACAUAAAAAUAGCACAGCUUAUUCACUUUCCUUGGAGGCAAAUAAUAUUCCCAAGCUUGAGAAUCAUCGUUACAUGCAUUUGCUGCAUCAAAUAAAAAAUGAACUUGCUGAAACAAAUGAGAGGUUGAAUAGCAUUAGAGCUUGCAUUAACAUGAUAUUGAAGCAGUACAGCUGCCAAGUAAAGGUUGAAGAUUUAGUGGACGCAUAUGAAGGGAGUGCUGAUUGUUUUAGGUCAGGCUCUGAUUUGUCAGAUGCAAGCAUUGCUUCAAACCACAGAUCAGACAGACUCACAUCUACUUGCUGCCGCAUAUUCUCUGGAAAAAUAAAUGAACGAAAAUUGGAUUUGAAAUUUGAAGAAGGCUCAAUGCUUCGGGCUAAUAAUAAAAAACCACAAAGCUCAAAGAUGCUUGUAAAAACUUGGACCCAUGAUGAAACAACAAUAUUAUGCCUGAGGAAGGAACUACAGAUGGCAUUUUAUGCCUUCAAAGAACUAUAUGUUCAGCUAGAUUCACUUGUCAAUUUUGAGGAAACUGAAGUUUCUUCUUAUGCUGACAAUUUGUGUUUCACUGAUUCACUUGUAUGUGUGAAUAACAAUCAGCAACACAUCCCUAAUAAAGGAAUUCAUCAGCUAAUGCCAGGGACCAGUCAAAUGCUUCCAUCUAUUGAGUUGAGGAGGGAAGGAACUGAAGCUGAUUUGCAUAAUAGCAGAGAGCUAGUUGCUGAUGAGAAAGUUAAUCACACUAACAGCUUUUUAACCAAAUUUGAGGAGGCUCAUGUAAUCAUAAGGGAAGCUGAUCUUAUGCUAAAUGCAUUAUUAAAAGCAAAUGAAAAUGCAAAACUGUUGAAUGUUAUGUGGAAGCAGGAAGGUGAAGAGUUGAUGGUAGAGAAAGCAAGCUUGAUCAAAGAAGUUGAACAACUUAAAUCCUCAGUACAGAUGAAAGAAGAAGAGAAUAAAAUACUGCAGGAUCAUAUCCAUUAUAUAUUGGAAGAGAUGACAAACUCGAUGUCUUUGCUUGAAGGGUAUUUGCUUCAAAUGCGAAGAGAUGUGGAAGAGAGGUUCAAGGUAAUAUACUCCAAUGCUUUAUCAAUAGGAUUAGAUGCACUGAAUUGCAUUUGCAGCUUAAGAUCAUCAGUGGAAGACAUCUGCUCAGAGAUUGUGGAGAAGGGUCUUGCUCUAUUUGUGUUGUACCACUGCAAUGUAGGGAAAUUUUCGUGCAAAAGCCCCAGCAUUAAUGAAGAUUCCAGUUUCCUUCAAUUUGGAAAUCCCGAAUGCCAUUCAAUAAAGAAUAAUUUGCAAAAUAGUUGCUUCUGCUUUGAGGAUGACUUCAAGGUCAAUGUGGUGGAAGGCAUAGAAGGAAGGGACCAGGGUGCCAUGGUCAGAAAUUUGGAAAAAGGAAAGGAUACUCUCAUGCAUGAAAAUUUGUCUCUCAGGGAAGAAUUGGAAAGGAAAGAGUUUCUAUUGAAGGGUUUGCUUUUUGAUUUUAGCUUGUUGCAGGAGUCAACUUCCAACUCGAUGGACAUCAAAGAUGAAACUGAAAAGUUAUUUAACACUUUAAGCCAAGCUCAGCAUGAACUGGAGAAAAAAACAAGUCAGCUUGCUGAUACCCUCCUUCAGCAUGAAAAGCUUGAACAUCGCCUGGCUGACACUGAAACUGCUCUGUUAACCUCGAAUUCUGAUCUUCAGCAGGCUAAGGAGAAAAUGGAUUUUUUGUCAAACCAAAAUGCAGAGUUGAGAAUGGUUUUAAAAGAUCUUUAUCUCAAAAAAUCAGAAGCUGAAGACCAACUGGAAGAACAAAAGGAGGUUAUCAAAGGAUUGGAAAAGGAAAUUCUUCGUUUGAGUUCUUCAGUUGAGAAAAAUGUCCUCUCUUCCACUGAAGACAUGAAGGAUGAUUUAAGAAGGGUUACCAGUGAAAGAAAUCGGCUUGUCGAAGAAGUUGGUGCCCUGAAUGAUAAACUUGAUAUGGUCUAUGCAUUAGCUGAUGAAAAUGAAGCUAUUGCUGUUGAAGCUCGUCAGGAAUCGGAGGCAAGUAAAUUAUAUGCUGAACAGAAGGAAGAAGAAGUUAAGAUUUUGGAGCGUUCUGUCGAGGAACUUGAGUUUACCAUAAAUGUAUUGGAGAAAAAGGUGUGUGAAAUGAAUGGAGAGGUUGACAGGCACCAGCUAAUAAGAGAUUCAUUAGAACAGGAGAUCCAAUCUCUGAGACAAAGAUUGUUAUCAGUUGAAUACUUCGCUGAAAAUAUAGAUUCAGAAAAUUUAAAUGCUGAAGAAAUCGAUCAUCAAAUAUCAAGGAAGCUGCAUAGUAAAUUGCUGGAACUUGAUGAGGCACAUGAUCGGAUAAGAGUUCUUGAGGAGGAAAGGGUGGAACAAGCUAAAGAGAUCAAACAAUGUAAAGAUUACAUCUCCGAACUUGUCGUGCAUGCUGAAGCCCAGGCAUCACAGUACCAACAAAAGUACAAGACCUUGGAAGCCAUGUUUCGUGAAGUGAAAACACAUUUAGCAACCUCAACUUCUACACAACCAAAGGAUAAAACUGACAAAAGCAUGAGGACAAGGGGUUCCAGUUCGCCAUUCAGAUGCAUUGCAAGUUUAGUUCAGCAGAUGAACUUGGAACAGGAUCAGGAGUUGACAAUGGCCAGGGUUCGUGUAGAAGGGCUAGAGUCAUUAGUAGCUAGCCGGCAGAAAGAGAUAUGUAUGCUGAACACUAGGCUGGCUGCAGCAGAAAGCAUGACACAUGAUGUUAUUCGGGAUUUGCUUGGUGUCAAGUUAGACAUGACCAACUAUGCAAAUUUGAUAGACCAACACCAGGUUCAAAAAUUCAUGGAGGCAGCUCAGCAGCAAACAGAAGAGUCCCUUGCAAAGGAGCAAGAGAUUCACAUGCUGAGGGAGCAAAUUAAGGAUUUGAAUGAGGAGAGAGAGAGUUGCCAUUUGGAGAUAAAUAAAAAACAUGCCAACUUGCUUUCUGCCCAAAUAACCAUUCAGCAAUUUGAAGAACGUGAUCAGUUGCUCACCGCACAGAAUGAAAUGCUGAAGAUGGACAAGACCAACGUGACAAGAAGGGUUGCAGAGCUGGAUGAGAUGGUGAAGAAACUUCUUGAAAUGCAAAAUGCAAAACAUUCUGAUCAAAUGCCGGAGAGGAUGAAGGAGCAGCAGGGGUUUUUAAGGGUGGGUGAUGCUGAUCUCACCAACAAGCUUGCACAUUCAGAAAAGCUCCUCUCUAUUGUGAACAGUGAGCUUGCACGGUACACAUCUGGUGGCAUUCAUCCACGGAACAAAACUGAUGAACAUGCCUUUGAAACAAAAUACCCAGGAAACAGGAAAUCAAAGUUGAUACCCUAGAAGGUCUCAUACCAAAGCAGCUUGUUGAGGCCCAUGUUUGUUGAAGCAAUGGUACCUUACAUGUUGCAUAUUAUUUGAUGUCUUUGUGACAACAGCAAAAUGAUCUUGGCAAAGAGCAUCUAUAUGGCUUAUAUUUGGUGUUCAAGGUUGCAGCAUGAAAUUAAGGGAAAGGACAUUCCCUUCCGAAGGUCUAGAAGCUGUGAAUAUCAUUAUUUGUCUUCUGUUUUGCACUGUGGCGAAGGGAUGCCAAGUCAUUUUUAAAAAAUUUUUUGAAUAAAGUUUUUUUGGGUUAUCUAUUGUUGAUUGUUUCAUAUUUGUUGAUGAUUGUCAAGUUAUGAACCUUUGUCCAGUUUGGAAGUGGCCUUUUUUCCCUUGUAAAUCAAUUUGCUCCAUCCAUCUUUUAACCAUUGCUAUGGCAUACAUUCGAGUCGAGUGUGUAUACAUAUAUGCAUAUUCUUUACUUUGAUUUGUUCGUCAAG